AUGAAUUGACCGGUCAGCUCCCACACGGAAGCGGUGUUCGUGCGUGUACACUUGACAUGGUAUUUCCCAUCUACUCGCGUCAGCUCUGUGAGCUUCAGAGUCGGAUGUCGGUGUAAUCAUCAGCCAAACAUCGUUGGCAGGCAGCGGCUGCUCGUUUACGGAAGCGCUCUCGGACGUCUUGUUUAAUUUGAAGGGCACAGGGGAGGCAACAGGACACAGGCGUGUGGGAGCCGCUGCAGCCUGUGUCUUUAAACGCAGGAGGAGACCUUUGUGUUUCUGAGAGAUGUAGCCUGACUGACAAAUCUGUCGCCAGCGUCGCUCUGAACCCACCUGCUCCUCCUCCUCCUCCCAUCUAUCAUCCCCCGCGGCCGAGGAAGGAAGGAAGGAAAGCAGGGGCUAGGAUGCCGAUGGUUUCAUCUGGGAAGCGACAGGAAAGGAAAGUUCCGUGUGUUUUUAGUUAAGGUUUCACAGAGAGGGCGACUCUUGUAAAUUCACCGCCUUCCACCGAGGCUCCGGACUGACCGACCUCUGCAUCUGCGGAAACGCUUUACUCAAGAUCCACCCGCUGUUAAAAUCCUCAGCGCAGACGAACCAAAACAGUGCAAGAAAUUAUGCUGAUGAACCAUGAUCAUGAAGUGGCACAUUAGAAACAAAUCUUAAGAAAUGGACCAAGAUACCCAGAGCCAAAGUCAGACUAAAGAAGACAACCCAAAUGGAGCAGCAGAAGCUUUAACAACAACUCAAGCUGAAGCAUCAAAUACAGCAGCUCCAGCCACAGAUCCCACUGCCGGCCACCCACUAGCUCCUGUCAGGCCUCGACGGCCCCAGAGAAGCGCCAGAGUAGAGGGCUCUGUAGACAUCUCUGAACCUAAAGCUGAGCCCAAAGCUGAACCUGCUCCAGUGGCUAACCAGGAGCAAAGCACUCCUGAUGGCACUGUGGCGAGUCGUCCCAAACCCUCUCGCCCUGCAGCAGUCAAACCCAUAGGAGAGCGCACCGGUCCCAGCAUUAAGGCUGGGCCUAAAGGUCCAGGACACCACCCUGUUAGGGCUGCCUCUGUCCCCCACCCACCUGCCAGCAGGCCUGUGCCUCCUCACCUGAACCCUCAUGCACACAGAGCCCUCUCUGUAGCAGGUACAGCUGACACUCAGGCCCAGACUGUGGAAGACUUCAGGGUGCACAUAAUCACUUGGAACGUGGGUUCGGCCACGCCACCUGAUGACAUCACUUCCUUGCUGGGGCUGAACGUGGGUGAUGGAAACACAGACAUGUACAUUAUCGGGCUGCAGGAAGUGAACUCUAUGAUUAACAAAAGGCUGAAAGAUGUCCUCUUCACAGACCAGUGGAGCGAGGUUUGCAUGGAGAGACUCAGCCCCUUUGGUUAUGUACUGGUGACCUCCCAGCGGAUGCAAGGAUUGUUACUGUUGGUCUUUGCCAAGUACUUCCAUCUGCCAUUCCUCCGCGGAGUCCAGACUGAGACCACCCGCACUGGCCUGGGGGGUUACUGGGGGAAUAAAGGAGGAGUGAGUGCCCGCAUGUCGGUGUUCGGUCACACCAUCUGCUUCCUCAACUGCCACCUGCCGGCUCACAUGGAAAACUCAGAGCAGCGCAUGGAGGACUUUGAGAGCAUCCUGCAGCAGCAGCAGUUUGAGGGUCAGGCUGCCACCGGGGUUCUUGACCAUGAUGUGGUGUUCUGGUUUGGGGAUCUCAAUUUCCGCAUUGAUGACCUGGAUAUGCAAGUGGUGAAAUCAGCCAUUGAUAACAACAAGUUUUCCAUGCUGUGGGAAAAGGAUCAGCUGAACAUGGCGAAAGACAGUGAGACAGUGUUGGAGGGAUUCCAAGAGGGACCACUGAAAUUCUCUCCUACCUACAAGUUUGAUGUUGGAACCGAUACGUACGACACAAGUGGGAAGAAGCGUAAACCAGCUUGGACUGAUCGGAUUCUGUGGCGCCUGAGAGCCACCGUGCCUGCUAGCGCAGGGAAGCGCGGCUCUAUUUCAGGGUUGACCAGCGGGACCAAAGUGACGCAGCACUGCUACCGAAGUCACAUGGAAUACACCGUCAGCGACCACAAACCAGUCUCCUCCAUCUUUACUCUGCAGUUCCCUUACAAGGUGGAUAUUCCCUUGGUCACACUCAUAGUGGAGGAUGAAUGGAAUAGUAUUGCUGAUGCCACAGCAAGAUUCAAACUGGUGCCCAACUACCCACGCAGUUCCUGGGACUGGAUUGGACUCUACAAGGUGGGUUUCAAACACCACAAGGAUUAUGUUGGAUAUGUGUGGGCCAAGCAAGAGGAAGCUGAUUUUCAUCGACAAGAACAUCAGGUAAACUUUACCGAGGAGGAAUUGCCCAAAGGCUCAGGGGAUUUUAUCUUGGGUUACUAUAGCAACAACAUGAGCACCAUUGUGGGUGUAACAGAGCCAUUUCAGAUUCAGCUUCCCACUUCAGGCCUUGACACCAGUUCUUCAGACAGCUCUGACUUUAGUUCAGAAGAUGACAGCACUGUUGUCCUCAUGAAAACAAGGUCCCGAAGUCCCAGUCCACGUAAGGGUAAGCAUCGCAGGCAUCGCAGCCGCAGCCACAGUCGCAGCCGUUCUGGCAGUCCUGCACCAGCCAAAGUGAAAGAGCUCAACGUCACUGAUGGUCCUCCAUCCAGCACCAUGAAGGCAGCUGAGAGUGAGUCCACAGGACGCCCAGCAGAGGGCAGCAGCAGCCUGGCCUGUGCUCCUGGGGAGAAAGACAAAAACACAGAGGAUUCAGGAGUGUGAUUCUCCACCACGUUUUGCUGUUGUCACAGGUCACAUAGCCAAUUGUUGUGUCUUUUAUUUGAUACAUCCACUACACUGUAUGUUUUCUGUAAUGAAAAUGUACAGUUUCUGAUGCCAUCCUUUUCAGGAACAGCCGCCUGGCUUGUCCAGUAGGCUCACUUUGCCUUGAGUUGUUUUAUUAAGCUGUGCACAUUGUAUAUGUUUUCUUUGUAAACCUUUCACUCUGUCCCGUGCUACUUUUAUCUUUGUCCGUUCUCAGGUGUGGACAGUACAGGGAGCUGACACGUUGCAUUAGGAAAUACUCAAGGAUUUAUGGUCAUGUAGAGUAAACGAGUGGUUACUUGAUGCUUUUUAGGAAUCAUCUUAGAAUAGAAUAGAAUAGAAUAUACUUUAUUCCAUCUUCCCUAUAUUCCUGCAAUGGUUUGAAAUUCUGCACUUACCUAGCAGUCAUGUCAGCAGACUGCAUACAAGUGAAAGAAAACCAAGUUGACACAGACAUUGCUCACAAAUCUCUCAGUUUGCUUUACUUGUGGAACAUGUAUCUUUUAUGAAACAAAUCCUCUCAGACCAAAAGGACCAUAGAGAUAUAGUGAAAAUUACUUUUUAUUCCAAAACAUCCUAUAAAAGUAUCAUCAGCUCUGUCAGCAGUCGCUCACAGUAUUAGUAGUCUCUGUAAAUCUACAUAUGGUCAUAUCCAUGGGGUUUGACUCUGCAGUAUGGUUCUACUCUUGUGUAUAUUCGCUGCUUUGGAAAUUCAGAAUGAUACAUAAUAUGCAGGGAACAUUUCAAACGAUCCACAGAGGGGCACAAAGUACCUCCAAGAUGUAUUAAAUCAGAGCACAGCCAACGUAGGUGGAGACUAGGGUUCUGGGGGGCUCGGCCACUAGCUAUGGCAGCAGUACAGCAAAUAUCAGUGUAGAGAGUGAAUGUGAGCGUAAAGGCCUUUAAAUAGACCGCCAAAUCACUGCAGUGGGAUGUGAUGGGUGUGGGAGGCUCGCUGUCAGCUGAUACAGCAUAACUGUCUCGCCAGAACCAGUUGAUUAAUUGAAGGCCACUGACUCUGCUGGGCCAACUACAGUGGUAACUACAGCAAUAUUUGACCCAAUGUGUAUUGCGUUUACUCACAUACCUAUAUGUGAGUUAAUGGGCCUUAUCUAAAGUGUACAUUUCAGAGCAGCACAGAGGCAGCGUUAUUUUUUAAACUAAUUCACCAAGAACACAAAAAUAACAUAAAACAUAAUAUGCAUUAAAUUUUUGACUUUUUUUGCAUGAUGUUUUCAACACUGAACCAAGAAAGGCUUGAUUUUAAAUCUGGAUAUCUUUGACAAAUGUGAGCAUGAACUCUACCAUGUAGAGCUACUACAGGGCUUUAUAUUAUACUGUAAUUAGUAUAAUACAAAGCUGACAUGUUCCACUAUUGUGAAAUAUCACCACACUAAUGUGACAUUUCAAAUACAUAAAAUGGUCCUAUCUAAUGCUUUACUUUUUGUAUGUUUUUGCCUUUUCAGUUCACUGUUUUGGGAUUUUUUUUGUUCUCUCUAGCUCAGAUGCUCCGUUACGGAUCCUGGUGAUUAGCUGACAGUGACAAUAGCCACAAUAGUUGUGUUACAUUGUUACCGUGUGACCUCUGAUGCACCAUCUUAGACACUUUGUACUUUUGGGCUGUUAGCGUAGGACAGCGUAUACUGUUGUAACUGUAACCUCAGUGUGUAUGUCUGUAAUCAGUUUUUGUGUGUAUGUGUUUUUAUGGACGUGUGUGUGUGUGUGUGUGUGUGUGUGUGUGUGUUUUAGAUAGUGGAGGCGGGUGUGUAUGUUUAGCUGGCAGUGACAGUGAAUGGGGUGUGACUGUGUUUGCAUGGUUUGCUGCUAGACAUACUGUACAUUCCGGUACUGUGAUUUUUGUGCCGUAAAGUGCUGUUUUUGACUCCUCUUUGUUAAAAUUGUGGCUGUGAAAAUUGUUAGAAAAACAUGGUAAGGACAGUAUAAAAAUUUAACUUUGGUGUAAAUGUUAGGUGAAGAAAAUGCAGGAUAGUUAUGCUUGCAUAAAUCUGAAAUUGUUUGAAUCAUUUCAUAGUGCAUUCAUGUAUUUUCUUAAUUUUGAAAUGGAAAAUCUACUGGACCUUUGUUUAGAGUAACAUGUUUAAAAAAAGAUUAAGAUUGUAUGAAUCUUGUCCUUCUUUAGGCCAUUUAGAUAAGUAUGAUCAGUACUACAGUCCUGACCAGUGACUAUCUAUUGUGAAAUGUUUAUGAAAAAAAGCUCUGUCAACAGAAUGUUAUUGUUUUGUAAUUAUGUGGCUAAAAUAGAGGAAUAUCUAUGUAAAGGACAAAUAUGAAGUAAGUUAGAAAACAUAAAAUAAGAGACAAUCUAUGCCACAAAGUUUAUUUUACUUAAAUUAUGUAUUUAUUUUCUUAUUUAACUGUUAUAUGAGCCUGAAUUCUGCUGGCCAGUGAGGGAGCGUUAUUUCAAUGUAAAUGUCAAAAUUAUACAAAAUAUUGGUAAUUAUUUUCUUUUUGUAUUUGGGACUAUAAAGAGAGAGAGAGUGAUUUCUCCUCUUUCCGUUUUAGUAAAGUCAGCUCAAAUGUUGCUUUUAAUGUCUGAAGUGUAGAUUGUUUAGUCUACAGGUGUUUGUAUACUUGUGAACGAAACUUACAAAAAAUACAGCAAGCCUUUAAGAUAUUGAUUAUUGGCAUAUGAGGAUGACUUAUCUCUGUGAAAUCAUGUAAUCAGUGAGGUGAGAGAGUUUUUAAGGGCCGCUUGCUUUGUUCUCCAACUCCAAAACUAGUGCAACACUGUCCAAAGAAAAAAAUAUA